AUGCCAGUUGUGGUGAGUUUUAUCAACAUUUUAUAAAGUAAUCGCAAAAAAACGUGUCUGUUUGCACUUGCAAACACUGGUCUCAUCUGGCAGACAGAAGCAUUCCGAAGAAUUUCGUUAUUACACACACCCACACUCAUUUGUUUUUUUUUGCUGUUACCCGGCGCUAAUGGCAGCUGCUGCUCUUCCGCCCGAGUAUUACAAUGAUAGAAAAUAGAGUGACGGCCUUGAACAUGGAAAUUCAAAUGUAAAUCAAAUCGUUUGCCGCCGACUUAUCUCGCAUUUUAAUCGACGCCCGCCGUCCCGAACGUUCCAUUUGACCUGUCGAAUGUUGUUUCGAAAUCGAUUGUGAAUCGAACGAAUUAUGAUGAAAGGCCACUCUUAUCAGUCAGACAGACACACCGCCCGCCGCAUUCCAACCUUUCCUUAACCCCCCUCACAUUCCUAAUCAAUGUCAGCAUGUUUCAGAACAUUCCCAUCAAGAUCCUCGGACAAAAUCACUCGCACAGUCGCAGCAACUCCUCCUCUUCUGUUGACAACGAUCGGCAGCAAUCCCAGCAACCCCAGCAGCAAUCUCAGCAGCAGAUCCCGACCGUCAACACAAAUAUGAACCAUUCGAACGGAUUCCCGUCGAGCUUCCCGUCCCGCAGCCCGAUCCCUGACUACCCGAUCCAUGACUACCCGAGAGACUUUCCAAGAGAUCCUUCUGGAUUCGGCAACGAUCCAGAGUGGUUCUCGUCGUUCCCGAACUUUCCGAGAGAGUUCCCCAGUGGAGGAUCCAACUUUCCAAACUUUCCCGAUUUUGGACGGAACGGAGGGCUCUCUCCGAACCCGCCGUUCGGAGACCGAAUCAGAAGAAGUCCCACCCCGACGACGACCCAAUCGCCGACCUCCACGCUGAGACGCAACUCGCAUCAGAAUCAGGCUCCUCCGCCGCUACAAACCCAACGUCAAACGACUCCUCCGGCCACCAAGACCACCCCGUCUUCCCGUCCGUCGUCUCGCACCCGUGAACCAAAAGAGAACGAGGUUCCCGAGAGACCGGCUGUCAUUCCGUUGCCUUAUGAGAAGAAGUUGGAGAAGAAAAGUAGCCGGGAUUCUGGGAAAGGAGAGGAGUCGCCGAUCGAGGAGAACAUUGCCAAGAUCACGAUCGGAAAGAAUAAUUACGAGUUUUGUCGGGAACACGAAACGGUACGUCAUCCGUCUUCACCUGAUGAUGAUAUAAUUGAACGUUUUCAGGAUGGCGACCCGUCUCCAUUGACUUCUCCGGCGACCGAAGGAAAGCCGAAGAAGGGGAAGAAAUUGCAGAGGAACCAGAGCGUCGUCGAUUUCAACGCAAAGACUAUUGUGGCACUGGACAAGAUCGAGGUCCAAGUGGAGCAACUGAGAAAGAAGGCCGCCGAGCUCGAGAUGGAGAAGGAGCAGAUCCUUCGUUCCCUGGGCGAGAUCAGCGUGCACAACUGCAUGUUCAAACUGGAAGAAUGUGAUCGUGAGGAGAUCGAGGCCAUCACCGAUCGUCUGACGAAACGGACAAAGACGGUGCAGGUGGUCGUCGAGACGCCCAGGAACGAGGAGCAGAAGAAGGCUCUGGAAGACGCGAGCCAUAUGAUUGAAGAGGUUUCCGUUUUGAUGAAGUCCAACAUCGAGAAGGCUAAAGUGGUAGGUUCAGAAGUUCACAAACGCCUUUUUCUCAAGUAACUUUUGUUUUUCAGUGUCUGCAAACCUACCUGAACGCGUGCUCUUACGAGGAGACCAGCGGAGCCACGUGCCAGAACUUCCUGAAGAUUAUCAUUCAGUGCGCGGCCGACGAUCAGAAGCGCAUCAAGCGUCGCCUCGAGAAUCUCAUGUCUCAGAUCGAGAACGCCGAAAAGACAAAGGCGGACCUGAUGGACGACGACAGCGAGUGA